AUGAAUAUUAUCUUGGCCGUAGUUUUACUCGGAUCUCUAAUGCUCCUUCCCUGCGGCUUUAGUGAUCCAGAAAACCACGUGUUUGGAACGAUACCAAAAAAUUUGUAUGAACCGUCAAACCGCACAUAUGAAGUUAUUGUCCUUAAUCCAGAGCAUGCCGUUAACUUGAUCGAUCCUGUUUGGGAAGACAUCAUGAAUAAUGUUGAGGGGCUUGGAUCUAAUGCGACCAAUCCAAAUCUGGAGCCUGAUCUUAGGGACCAUUCUUCAUCAGUCUCGUUCUCAUCUGGCCAAUCAAAUUCCCUUUUCCUAUGUAGCUUGCCUCCUCAAUUCUGCUCUUCAACCCCAACACCGAAACUUGGUUACAUCGCUGUUCAACGCAAAUUUACGCUAUCUGUCGCUGCUGGAGCAGUAUGA